AUGGAGAAGAGAACAAGACCAACUUCUCCAAGUACUCUUGGGACUCAUUUUAUAGAUAUCCAUGAAGUAUUGCCAGAGGAAGAAGAAGAAGAAGAAGAAGAAGGGGCAGGAAUGACGAGAAUGGCAGAAAAUGCAAGAAAGGGACCAAAUAGACAGUUUAAAGUUCGAGAGGCAAAGAGACCUUAUAAUAGGAAUCUUAGCAGGCAGGUUUCGCUAGAGACAGGCUUUUCAGCACUUAAUAGAGAAACCAAGGCUAAAGAUGAAAGAAGGGUUCUUCCAAGAAGUGGACGUAGUUUUGGUGGAUUCGAUUCUGUUAAUAGGGUUAAUGGGGAAGCAAGGAAAGGAGAUUUUAGUAUCUUCAAGACUAAAUCAACUCUCAGUAAGCAGAAUUCUUUGUUGCCUUCAAGGAAGGAGAGAGAGAUGGAGUCCCAGAGAGUUGAUGCUGAUAAUGGGCUUGAUGAAUCUGUUCAUAAUACUGUUCCUGCUGGAAGAUACUUUGCUGCUCUUAGAGGACCUGAGCUAGACCAAGUCAAGGACUUCGAGGACAUUCUCCUUCCCAAAGAUGAGAAAUGGCCUUUUCUCCUCCGAUUUCCAAUUGGUUGCUUUGGUAUUUGUCUUGGCCUCAGUAGUCAAGCCGUCUUAUGGCGUGCACUUGCAGCAAGUCCAGCUACCCAAUUUCUCCACAUUACACCAUUCAUCAACCUUGCUCUCUGGCUCUUAGCUCUUGCAGUCCUAAUUUCAGUUUCCUUCACCUACAUUCUGAAAUGCAUAUUCUACUUUGAAGCUGUCAAGAGAGAGUAUUUUCACCCUAUCCGAGUUAACUUCUUCUUUGCUCCAUGGGUUGUGUGUAUGUUCCUAGCCAUUAGUGUACCCCCCAUGCUGGCACCUGAAAAAUUGCACCCUGCACUUUGGUGCACCUUCAUGGGACCUUACUUCUUCCUUGAGCUCAAGAUUUAUGGCCAAUGGCUCUCCGGUGGAAAGAGGCGCCUUUGCAAGGUAGCUAAUCCCUCUUCUCAUCUCUCCGUGGUUGGAAAUUUUGUUGGGGCAAUUUUAGCCUCUAAAGUUGGGUGGAAGGAAGCAGCUAAGUUCUUGUGGGCAGUAGGCUUUGCACAUUAUCUUGUGGUGUUUGUCACAUUGUAUCAGAGAUUGCCAACAAGCGAAGCAUUGCCUAAGGAGCUACAUCCUGUGUACUCUAUGUUCAUUGCAGCCCCAUCUGCUGCAAGCAUUGCUUGGGAAGCUAUAUAUGGCGAUUUUGAUGGGCUGUCUAGGACAUGCUAUUUCAUUGCACUGUUUCUCUAUGUUUCCUUGGUUGUACGUAUCAACUUCUUCACAGGUUUCAGGUUUUCAGUGGCAUGGUGGUCUUACACCUUUCCUAUGACGACAGCAUCAGUGGCAACAAUCAAGUAUGCAGAGAAUGUCCCUGGUGUUCUAAGCAGGGGCCUUGCACUGGCUCUUGCUUUCAUGUCAUCGACGAUGGUGUCAGUAUUGUUUGUAUCCACCCUUCUGCAUGCUUUUAUUUGGCGCACCUUGUUUCCCAAUGAUCUUGCCAUCGCCAUAACAAAGAGAAGACUUGUCAAGGAAAGGAAACCCUUCAAGAAAGCCUAUGAUAUAAGGCGAUGGACAAAGCAGGCCCUAGCCAAGCACAAUUCAGCAAACAAGGAUUUUGGCGGAGAGAAUGAAACGGAUUACUGA